UGUUCCAACUUGUGUUAUUAUGAGCUUUAGGUUCGAGCGCUACAGAUCCUAUUUGCCGAAGCUCUUGAAGAUGGAGCAACACAUAUUGUCACAGGGGGCGGACCACAGUCCUGUCAUUGUCGAGCAGUUUCCCUCAUCUGUCGAUCACUGGGUUUAAAACCUCACAUUGUGAUUGACCCAUUUGAGAAAAAAGAAGAUCCUCUCGUGGCUAUGGGUAAUAUAUUGUUAUACAGAAUGGCAGGAAGCAAAAUUUAUGUCACACCACUGGAAGGUUACAAGUCCCUUAAACGAAGAAUCGCGAGGAUGCAGCACUUUAUAAGCGAUGCAUACAAAGAAAAGUGCUACUGUAUACCUUCUGGAGGGGCGACCGGUAAAGCGGUUUAUGCAUUUAUAACGUUAUUUGAGGAACUUCUUCAACAGGGACUACAUGAACGAUUUGACGACAUAGUAUUAACAGUCGCGACCGGCGGCACCUCUCUGGGUGUAGCAGUGGCGAAACUAUUUGACAGGGUCUAAACUCAGAGUCCAUGCUGUGACGAUUUUACUCCGUAAAGAAGAACUGUGCAAAGAUAUGGAUGAUUUAUUACAUCAGUUAGGUUUGAGUUCUGUUAAAUCUGAAGACAUUCUUGAUGUUAUAGAAGGUUAUAUUGGCGAUGGAUACGGCGCAUUCAGAGAUGACGUUCUUACAUUCAUAACGCGAGUCAGCUCGACCACAGGGAUAAUACUUGACCCUUAUUACACAGGGAAAGGUGCAAUGGGAAUGAUCGGAGAGCUGGAAAACAAUUCAUCCAGAUUUAAAGGAAAGAGAAUACUUUUUAUACAUACAGGAGGUAUAUUUGGUUUGUUCAAUGGGAUAAUGGACAGAAUCAUUGGCAAGGAAGGGGCAGUUACAAAUGAUAUAACUUUGUGGCCGGAUGAAUGUGUUUCUCCAAUUAAAACCGGAAUUUGAAUACAUUUGUAUUUGUUCUGUUCGAAGAAUAAAUUAUUGUACAGCAUGA